CCCAAAUCAGCCUACGCGCCGCCGGAACGACACUUGCUGUUCCCCGUGGACAUUUGCUUCCCUGGCAGUCCAGUGCAUACCUGGAACCUCACACAGCUUCCCUGCUAGUCCCUAAUCAGUCGCUUCUUUUUCUCCUCUUGCCGACCAUCCUUCAUAACCUUCUCCAGUCCAAGCCGCUGUCCACCCUGUCCAUAAGUCUGACGUCUCCUCACGAUAGUAAACAUAACUUCGUGUUGAUUCUUCAUCCUCCUUGUUUCACGCCAACCUGAAGAUCCACGGCUCACAGACAUCGGUCAUCGUCUCGGAUCUCUCCCUAAAGGCACCACCUGCCACGCGCAUAUGUCAACCACUGUUCCGGCUUGAACUGGUUCCACAACCCACGUCCGGAUUCUCUUCCACCCGACUCUUCCGUCUUCCUGCUCAUUUCCACUCCACAUUCAAGUCUCUUGUUGUUCACAAGGCGACUGAAGUGUGGAAGAACAGUCACCCUUUCAACAAGCUCAUGUACAGCCUUCGAGACCACUCGUGUCAGCGUCUUUCAGACCGACACUUGACAAUCGCCAUUUCCUCGCUCGAACGCUAGUCGAUUGCGAGUCUCAGCAGGGCUGACAGGCAUAUCACCGCUUCAAAAUACGGCCCCUGCUCGAAUUGAUAUCCGCUGGCACUGUUUAGUUAGUUCGGUUGAUAUUACUCCCUAUCAUUCUACAAAAUGUCAGCUUGAUGCUCAAGCUUAUCAGUCGGCGCUCUCAUCGAUUCUGCCGACUCAUUGAUCUACCGAUGCAGAGCAAAACGGCCACGCUCAAUGUUGAUUUCUCGUUGCCGGCACAAUGAUACCGUGGAAUCAAUUCACCCACAGACGGCAAGAUCCUGACUGGAUAAUCGAGCUCAAUGAAUACAAUUUGUUCCACUAUGUCAGCAAAGGCCCAACCCAGGGGAAUCGAGUAUUGGACUCACCUAUGCUCGAGCAUGCACAAGAAGGUCAAUUUGCCAUCGCUCAGCUAGGACUGCGACAUGUUCAAUUCGAGGCCGAGCAUACGGCACGAAUCCAGUCUACUCUCGAUAUAUGCCGUCAUUGGUUCGCCGACCACGAGACGAACGAAGACUGUCGUCCAACAUCACCACACUGCGAAGAGUUGACAGACUUUCGAACUUCGCCACACUACCUCGAAUCAUUGCCGUCGCUUCGGCCAUCCGACCUCCUGGAGGUCAGAGGAAGAUCCCCUUCACCGACCAUCACCUCCGGGAAAUCUGGAAGGUCUCCCAUGAGCGUGGAGGCACUCAUAACUCCAGAAGUCGUGAAAACGCCGGGCCGCAAGCGAAAGCAUUCGGAUGACUUGUCUCCAGCAGCUAUCACGCCUGACGACAGCCCCGAAGAGCUCGACGUUCUGGCAACGCCGGCUUUCCUCAGGACGCUCCCCAAAUACGUCCGAGCGAGUGGAGCCACAUCUGUGCAGACUACCAAUGCCCGCCUUCGACGAGGCGCUCGGAUGCGGCGCUCAAGGUCCGAUAGAGGCCAUGGCAAACCUGGUGGUCCAGAGAAUGGGCAAUCCGAGACUGAUGGGCAGUUGUUGCUACACUUCUCUCGAAGUCAUUGGUCUGUCCCACGUUAAGCCGGGAAAAUGGCCAAUGCCGCCUGUCAACGUCGAUCCUCAUCUUUCCCUUCUCACGAACACUCCACUCCACCAUGUCGGACCUAUACCAGGGUGAUGUGACAUCACUCACUGACGAUCUGAUAUAUGGUGAUCAUACCACGAAUGCUAUCUUUGCCUUGUUGUGCUUUUGUGGAUGUUAUUCAAUGCAUUUCAGUUGAAUUUCUAUGCGUGGAUGCGAAAGCUUGCUAUGAGGGUCAACAGCACCACAUCGUUGUGAAGUUACCGCCAUUAUAAUACGGGGUUGAAGACGAGGUUUGCUUCACGGGACUGCGCCGAAAUGAGGGAUAUACCUUGCAGUUGAUUGUCGGUUGUCCUUUGAUGCGUGUAUUGGCUGUUGGUUGUUGGUUGUUCAGCUACGAGCGUUGGCGCUGGAUGGCGUUGAUAUAUACAUAUGAGCGUUGUGUUUGAUCUUGUCUACCGCUGUUACUAUGUAGCAGACUUUUACGCUCUCGAGAUUGGCAUUUAUGGAUUCAAAAGGGUGUGAAGGUAUCGACUGAUCCAAAGUGGUAUGAGUCGCCAUGUUGGCCACCAUGCACAGGGUUGGUGCCCUUGAUAGGUACAUAUACAUCUUGC